UUGUUUACAUCACCAUCACCAACAAGUUAAUAGCAUUCCGCAAAAUGGCUGCCACCACCUUAGUCUCUGAAGUCACUCUCCCCUCCUCCUCCGGCCAGCGGAAGAUGCCGCUGAUGGGCCUCGGCACCGCGCCGGAAGCAACCAGCGCGGUUACCACAAAAGAUGCUGUUCUUGAGGCCAUCAAGCAGGGCUACAGGCACUUUGAUGCUGCUUCUGCUUAUGGUGUGGAACAGUCUGUGGGAGAAGCCAUAGCUGAAGCACUUAAGCAAGGACUAAUUGCAUCCAGAGAUCAACUCUUCAUCACUACCAAAUUGUGGGUCACUGAUAACCAUGCCCAUACUAUUCUUCCUGCCCUGCAGAAAUCUCUCAGGACACUUCAACUAGAAUACAUAGAUCUCUUUCUCAUCCACUGGCCCAUUGCUACUAAGCCUGGAAAAGUUGUGUACCCCAUUGAAGUAUCAGAGAUAGUGGAAUUUGACAUGAAGGGUGUGUGGGGAUCCAUGGAGGAGUGCCAGAGACUUGGCCUCACCAAAGCCAUUGGAGUCAGCAACUUCUCCAUCAAGAAGCUUGAAAAAUUGCUCUCUUUUGCUACCAUCCCUCCCGCAGUGAAUCAAGUAGAAGUUAACCUUGGGUGGCAACAACAGAAGCUUAGAGAUUUCUGCAAGGAAAAGGGUAUUACUGUAACUGCCUUCUCACCCCUGAGGAAGGGUGCUAGUAGGGGUGCUAAUUUUGUGCUGGACAAUGAUGUAAUCAAAGAAUUGGCAGAUGCUCAUGGCAAGACUGCAGCCCAGAUUUGUCUUCGAUGGCUAUAUGAACAAGGGUUGACUUUUGUGGUCAAGAGCUAUGACAAAGAGAGGAUGAAGCAAAACUUGGGAAUUUUUGAUUGGUCACUGACUGAGGAUGAUUACAAGAAAAUAAGUGAAAUCCACCAAGAGAGGCUCAUCAAAGGACCAACCAAGCCUCUUCUUGAUGAUCUAUGGGAUGAAGAAUGAGCAGUCACCUAAAUUUCACAGUUUGAGUGUUUUCUGGUUACUCUUGAGAGAAUAAAGCAAAGUGUCACCAUUCUGUUGGUGCCAGAUAUUGCUCGAGAAUUUUAAUUAAAUAACCCUUGCGAAUGUUGAUUAUAGUGACACUACGCUAUUUUCCAUGUGAUGUGGACGCAAUCCAAAUUCCAAUUUAAUUUCACUGAA